UUCACAUGGUAGUUGUUUUUGUGAUGAAUGCUCUUGCGUGAUAAUUUUUAAUAAUUUCUAGUAUUAAUAAUACGUUUUAGAUUUAACUGUUUUCCGGUAAUAAUCCAUAAUUACUGCGCAAUAUUAAGUUAAAUAUAUCUAAUGUAUUUGAUAAAUUCACAGGGAAAUUUGUGAAUGUGAACACCAAAAUGAAUAUUCUGUCAUGAAAAAUGGGAGAAGUUUCAGCAGACAGCAUCACUGUAGAGAUGCUCAGAGAGGCACAUGAAACUGUCAGACGAAGUCCUUUAAAUGUCAUCCAAACUCCAAUGAUCCCGUGGUCCCAAACCACACUGCCACUGAUCACAUCUGGUGACAUUCACAUCAAACUGGAGAACAUGCAGAGGACCGGUUCAUUUAAGAUAAGAGGUGUUGCAAACCAGUUUGCACGGAGACUCAAAGGGGGCAAUUUUGUAACCAUGUCUGCUGGAAAUUAUGGAAAGUCAUUUGCUUAUGCCUGUAAGCAUUAUAGAUCAAAAGGCAAAGUUGUAAUGCCCGAAAACGCCCCCAUCUCAAGAUCUCUGCUUAUACAAAGUUUAGGAGUUGAGGUUGAAAGAGUGCCAACUCCACGUCUCAUGGAUGUUGUUAACCGCUGCGUUCAAGAGGACAACAUGACUUUCAUGCAUUCAUAUGAUGACCCUGAUCUUAUAGCAGGCCAUGCCAGCUUAGGUUUUGAGAUUCUAGAGGUUAUAGCACAUCCAGAUGUAGUUGUUGUUUGUUGUGGUGGAGGUGGGCUACUUGCCGGUGUGGCAGCUGCCAUCAAACUCUCUGGAUGUGAGAAUACAAGGAUCUAUGGAGUGGAACCAGAAGGAGCAUGUACAAUGUACAAGAGCUUCAUUGAGAAAAAGCCUGUUGGUAUGGAUGCCAAAAGCGUUGCUUCAGGGCUAGCACCACCAUUCGCAGGUGUGUUGCCAUACAAGUUGUGUCAGAGAUAUGUGGAAGAUAUUGUUCUGGUGACCGAUGAGGAGAUCAAAUCUGCUGUUUCUACACUGUAUAAGGCCGGCCUCGUUGUUGAACCAUCAGGCACUGCAGCGUUUGCUGCCGUAAUAAAUAACAGAAUACCGGACAUCUCUGACAAGAAUGUUGUGGUCAUCCUCAGCGGAGGAAACAUCGGCAAAGAUGAACUUAGCAGCUUUCCAGAUUAAGUUAGUUUACUCAAACUUGAGUAAAUAGUUUGAGUCUGCACCUCACAUAAAGCUAUCGUAUGACCUAUAAAGUCUUAAAGCGGGGUGCAUGAUCCCUGAAAGCCAAUGUUACCCUUCUUUUGAUAGACUCGCCCCACACUUAUGCAACCCAGGUAACGAUGUCGGUUAGUAGACACGCCCCUUACUGCUGAUUGGCUACAAGUGUGUUUUGGCACUUUUCCAAAGUGUUUUUCAAAAAUCAUGCAUCCUGCCUUUAAUAUAUAGCUCAUGCAACAUAUGGAGUACUUAAAUAUUUUUUUCUUUUUUGUCAGCACCAGUCCUCAUUCACUAACAUUGUAUGGAAAAGAGUAGCCUGAACAUUAUGCCAAAAUACCUUGUUUUCCGCAGAAGUAAAAAAUGAACUGAUUUCAAACAACAUAAGGGUUGAGUAAAUAUUUGUUUUUUUCUGCAUUUACUCAUACUUAUCAUUUUAAUACAUUUGGCCUAAAAAGAUGAUACAACAGUGAUACAAUGUUCAACCCUACUGUAAAAUCCAGCUAAGACCAGCAUGAGCUGGUAGCCGGUCUUUCCGACCUGAAAAGAUGGUGGUCCAGCUAAGUCCAGCUUAAAAAGUUACCAAAACACAGCUAGACCAGCUUGCUACACCAGC